AGAAGAUCAGGGUAACGGCAGCGGUUUGCCGGUCAUUCUUGUGGGGCUGAGACGAUAGGAGCAGCGAUCUGCGCAGCCUGAGCGAUGGCGUCAUGGCAGUUGGGCUUAGUCGUGAUGGCUGUGCCUGCCAUGGGUUGCACCAAUUUUAUUGUUUCAAAGCAAGCCAGCGCCGACAACUCGGUAAUGUUCAGCUACUCGGCGGACAGUGGUCCUCUGUAUGGCACACUGGGACAUUACCCUGCUGCUGACCAUCCUGAGGGGGCAAAGCGGCAGAUCUAUGAUUGGGAUGGUGGUUUCUACAUAGGUGAGAUCCCGGAGGCUCGCCACACUUACAAUGUCAUCGGGAACGUGAACGAACAUGGUUUGGCCAUUGGGGAGACGACCUUCGGCGGCAAUGAGACGCUGGCAAGUGCAGGGCAGGGCUUGAUCGAUUAUGGCAGUCUCAUCUGGAUCGCACUUCAACGCUGCAAGACGGCACGCGAAGCAAUCAAAACUAUGACCGAGCUUGUCGCUGAAUAUGGCUAUGCCUCUGAGGGCGAGAGCUUUACUAUCGCAGACACAGAGGAAGUCUGGGUCAUGGAUUUGAUCGGUAAGGGCAAGUACGAGAAGGGUGCUGUCUGGGUUGCACAUCGUGUUCCUGAUGGCCAUAUAGCUGGUCAUGCAAACCAGGCUCGCAUCCGCACCUUUCCCCAGAACGAUCCAGACACUUGUAUAUUUAGCCACGAUGUCAUCGACUUUGCCCGACGCAUCGGCCUGUACCCCAGGUCCGCCGCAGAUGUGGACUUCUCAUUUUCUGACGCGUAUGACCCUAUCUCAUUCUCUGGUGCUCGGAUGUCAGACGCUAGGAUCUGGAGCUUCUUCUCGAAGGUGGGGCCAGUUGGAUUCGAGAAGCAGUAUGAGGACUACGUGACAGGACGUAACCUUAGCAAUCGGUUUCCGCCGUUCGUGCUGCCACGUGAGAAAGUCACGCUGGAGAGCUUGAUGAUGGCAACCAGGUCGCACUACGAGGGUACGCCCUUGGAUGACCGCGACGAUGUUGGCGCUGGGCCAUAUCACGCGGCUUUCCGCGCGCGGCCGCUUGCUUGGAAGCACGGGGGCAACGACUAUUUCAACGAGCGCAAGGUUGGCACAGAGCAGACUGGUUGGAACUUCGUGGCUCAACUGAGGGGUGACCGGCCAGCUCCCCUUCGUGCCGUGAAUUGGUUCGGGGUUGAUGACACGAGCUAUUCUGUUCGGGUGCCCUUCUACGGCGGCACGACCACUGUCCCCAAGUGCCUCGCUGACGGGAAUGGUGAUGCCUUGACUUUCAGUUUUGACAGUCAGUUCUGGGUGAACAACAUGGUUGCCAAUUUCGUCUACACUCAUGCGUACGCCGAGCCCAUCGUCGUAAAGGAGGUGGAGACAAGGCAGGAAUUACUCAUUGAGGCGCAGAAAGCAUCUGAGGCAAAGGCUCUUGAACUCUUUAGCGAGGAUCCCGAGAAAGCGUUGAACUUCGUAACGCAGCUCUCCAAUGACCUUGCAGAGGCGCAUCGGCAGGCUUGGCUGCAACUUUGGCAACGCCUCUUCGUCCAGUUCCGAGAUGGUUUCAACGUCACCAGCACCGACAAUAUGCCAAACCAUGGUCCCAAACCAAACCAAGGUGGUGUCGUCCCGAAGGUCGAAGAGAUUGGGUACGAUGCCACUUGGCUUGGGCGCAUUGCCUCAGACACGGGAGAUCGAUACCGUGUCCGCCACGCCGCGAGCGUGGACGCCAAUAAGGUCCGCACACUGAGCAAAGGUGUCCACUCGCGGCUGGCAGGCAUCGAAAGGCAGCCCAUCGUGGUGUAGAGCACCCCUCCCCCUCCCCCCCUCCCCCUCCCCCUCCCCCUCCCCCCAUUCCCCCAUUCCCCUCCCACUCCUCCU